ACCGUCAACACCACUAUCAACGCCAAGUAUUAAUGAAAAUGCCGAAGCUAAGCCUGAUUCAUCUAGUGAGUCUUCUCAACCACCUCCUAAAUUAAGACCAAAUAAAAAAACUUUUAAACCUGAUGAGUUAAGACAAGCUCUGAUGCCUACUUUGGAAAAACUUUAUAAACAAGAUCCUGAAUCUCUUCCCUUUCGUCAACCAGUUGAUCCUCAGCUUUUGCAGAUACCUGAUUAUUUUGAUAUCAUUAAGAGGCCUAUGGAUCUGUCAACCAUUAAGAGAAAACUAGAUACAGGACAGUAUCAGGAUCCUUGGCAGUAUGUUGAAGAUGUGUGGUUGAUGUUUGACAAUGCUUGGCUAUAUAACAGAAAAACUUCUCGAGUAUAUAGACAUUGCUCAAAGCUUGCUGAAGUUUUUGAACAAGAAAUUGAUCCUGUAAUGGCCUCUCUUGGCUAUUGCUGUGGAAGGAAGUAUGUUUUUCAGCCCCAAGUUUUAUGCUGCUAUGGUAAACAGCUUUGUACAAUCCCCAGAGAUGCUAAGUACUGGAGCUAUCAGAACAGGUAUACAUAUUGCCAAAAAUGCUUUUCUGAAAUUCCUGGUGAUAUUGUUACGCUAGGAGAUGAUCCAACUCAGCCACCAACAAAUAUCAAGAAAGAACAAUUUGUAGAAAUGAAAAAUGAUCAUUUGGAACAAGAGCCAUUUGUGGAGUGCAGCGAUUGCGGGCGUAAGCUCCAUCAAAUAUGUGCUCUUCAUUUUGAAGUGAUUUGGCCGGAAGGAUUUACCUGUGAUAACUGUUUAAAAAGCAAAGGAAAAAAGAAGAAAGAAAAUAAGUUUACAUCAAAACGGCUUCAGCAAUCAAAACUCGGGCAAUACAUUGAAAAUCGUGUGAACGGUUUUUUGAAGAAGAAAGACUGCGGAGCUGGAGAAGUUACAAUUAGAGUUGUGUCAAGCUCAGAAAAGUUUGUCGAGGUUAAACCUGGUAUGAGGGCAAGAUAUGUCGAUACAGGGAAGUGGCCUGAACAGUUUCCUUACAGAGCAAAAGCUCUGUUUGCCUUUGAAGAAAUAGAUGGGGUUGAUACUUGCUUUUUUGGGAUGCAUGUGCAAGAAUAUGGUUCAGAAUGCUCACCUCCAAACACAAGGCGUGUUUACAUAGCUUAUUUGGAUAGUGUGCAUUUCUUUAGGCCUAAACAGUAUCGAACUGCAGUGUAUCAUGAAAUUCUUCUUGGAUACCUUGAUUAUGCUAAACAGUUAGGAUAUACCAUGGCUCACAUUUGGGCUUGUCCACCUAGUGAAGGAGAUGAUUACAUAUUUCAUUGCCAUCCUACAGAGCAAAAGAUUCCUAAACCAAAGCGUUUGCAAGAAUGGUACAAGAAAAUGCUGGACAAGGGUAUAAUGGAUAGGAUUGUAAUGGAUUAUAAGGAUAUUCUGAAACAAGCCACAGAAGAUAAUUUAAAAAGUGCUUCAGAAUUGCCCUAUUUUGAAGGAGACUUUUGGCCAAAUGUUCUUGAGGAGAGUAUCAAAGAGUUGGACCAAGAAGAGGAAGAAAAACGAAAGGCCGAAGCCUCUGCAGCUGCUGCAGCUGAAGCAGCUGCAAGAGCUGCAGCUGCAGCUUCUGAUGCAAAUGGUGAAGGGGAAGACAGCAUGGAUGGGAAUAAGAAAGGACAGAAGUCUGGUAGAAAUAAAAAGUCAAAUAAAAGCAAAAAUAACCAGCGAAAGAAUAAUAAGAAAUCUGUUCCAUACACUGGAAAUGACUUAUCAGCCAAAAUUUAUUCCACGAUGGAAAAACACAAGGAGGUGUUUUUUGUAAUUCGUCUUCAUUCUGUUCCUGCUGCUGCAAGCUUACCUUCAAUAGUUGAUCCUGAUCCUUUCAUUACAUGUGAUAUGAUGGAUGGCAGAGAUGCCUUCCUAACUUUAGCUAGAGAAAAGCAUUAUGAGUUUUCUUCUCUGAGACGAACUAAAUUUUCAACAAUGGCCAUGCUUUAUGAGUUACAUAACCAAGGUCAAGAUCGAUUUGUGUAUACCUGUAAUAAUUGUAAAAAACAUGUCGAAACCAGAUACCAUUGUACAAUUUGUGAUGAUUUUGACUUGUGUGUUAAUUGUUUUGAUAAAGAAGGUCAUAACCAUAAAAUGGAGAAACUAGGCUUCGGCUUAGAUGAUGACUCUGGUACAUCUGAUCCAAAACAAACCAAUCCUCAAGAAUCAAGGAGACUAUCUAUUCAACGCUGCAUUCAAUCACUGGUACAUGCUUGUCAGUGCAGAGAUGCUAAUUGCAGGUUACCAAGCUGUCAGAAAAUGAAACGAGUAGUUCAGCAUGCAAAGAGCUGUAAACGUAAAACAAAUGGUGGUUGCCCCAUUUGCAAACAACUUAUUGCCUUGUGUUGUUAUCAUGCAAAGCAUUGUCAGGAAGCUAAGUGUCCUGUGCCAUUCUGCUUGAAUAUCAAACAUAAGUUGCGGCAACAGCAAUUACAGCAAAGGUUGCAGCAAGCACAAAUAUUGAAACGUCGUAUAGCUACAAUGCAAAAUAGAGGAAUGUCCGCUGCUGUCCCCCAAACAAGUCCAGGAAAUUCUAAUUCUUCCAGUCAGCCAUCCCCUGGUGCACAGCCUCAUACUUCACCUCAUCCUCCUCAGCCUGGUAUAGGCAUGAAACCUUCCACUGGACCUCCAGUUGGUGCAUUGCAGGCAGUUCAACAAGUACAAGCUGCUGCUGCUAGGCAAACAGCACCUCAUAUGGUUGCUGCUACAUCUGUUAACUAUGGAAAAGGUAAUCCAGUGGUAAGCCCACCAACAGCAAAUCCAACAAUAAUGGCAACUCAACAGCAAAUGCAAGCACAGAUACAAAAACCCAUGUCUCAAAUAAUGUCCAAUGUCCCGAAUCGUAUGAUUGGUAUGGGAAAUGUAGCUUGUUGGGAAGGGACAAACUAUGGACAAUCUCCGCAGCACCAUCAAAAUCCUCAGCCCCAGCCAUCACAACCUAUGGGGCUGAGGCCACCUUCACAAUUAAUAGGACCUGGUAAUAUGCAAAAUGCCAUUGGGAAUUCUUCAAUGGGACCCCCUCAGGCAAUGCCUAAUCAGCAUGGUAGACCGCCAGCACUACAGCAAUUACUUAAUACCUUAAAAGCUCCCUCAUCUCAAUCUCAGCAACAACAAGUACUCGCUAUUUUAAAAUCGAAUCCACAACUAAUGGCUGCUUUUAUUAAGCAAAGGACUCAACAGCAACAACAACAACAACAAGCACAGCAGCAGCAGCAACAACAAAUGCUUCUAAAUGAUACUAAUAUGGUUGGACCUCCUCCACAAAGUGUAUGGUAUAAACAACAGCAGCAACAGCAACAUUUGCUAGCCAUGCAGCAACAAAGGCAGCAGCAGCCAAAUCAAUUUCCACAUCCUCAACCACCUAUGUAUGCUCAACGUCCACGUAUGUCAAUACCCAUGAGUUUUAGCCAUCAGCAAGUGUUUCAAGGUGAUAAUACUCAAUUUCAGUUCCAACAACAACAGCAACAAAUCUUAAUGCAACCACAAAUUAAACAAAUGGCAUCUCCUACUCAUCCACCUGUUAGUCCUCAACAAGGAAUCCUUGGACAUCCUCAGGGACCAGUUCCAUCACCUUCACAGCAGCAGUUAAUGCAGCAAGUUAGAUCCCCUCCUCCUACUGCUACGCAUUUAGCACAAGCAGUUCGUUCCCCUCAACCAAUAGCAUCUCCAAGAACUCAAAAUAAUGCCCCACAAAACCAGCCUAUACCUUCACCUAGGCAACAACCGGCGCCUUCACCUCAUUAUCCUGCACAGACUCAGUCACCACAUCCAAGCCUUUCAGUGGGGGCUUCUGGACUAGCGGGCCCUGAUCAAAUGACUAGUAAUAAUGAUAUGAUGCUUACUCAUCUCACAAACCCAGUGUCUUCACAUCCUAGCAUAGCAAGUCAGUUGCAAAGCCCAGUAAGCCAAGAACUAGGAUUGUCAUCCAGGGACAAUAUAGACCUGGCUCAUUUGACAAGGGAAGAGCAGCUUGAUAAAUAUGUUGAAAAUUUAUAACCAAUAGAUAAUCUUUUUCAUAGUUUUCUGCUUUGAACAAAGGGAAUAAUAAUAUCUCAAGAUCUUAUUAAUACUUUUGUAUUCAAACUCCUGGUAUUUCAGAACAUGUGCAAAAACAUGUAGAGGAGUUUAAUUGUUUUUCCUCUUUUUAACUUGAGACAUUGUAUAUUAAAUUUUGUACAGUCAAAAAUGUUUCUUUAUGCAGUUCAGAAUGACUGCAAGUCUUGUUAUAUGAGUGGACAUUCAGUAGCUGGCCUGUUUCUACUGGAUACUCUUUGAAUGAAUGUUCGUCAUGAUCUCUCCGAAAGAAUUUCAUUUAUUAAGUAUUGAAAUUUUUUUUUGUUUAUUUUGUACAGUCAUUUGUGCUAAAGUAAGUUAUAACACGCACAUCAUAUCAUUUAUUAUUGAGAACAUACCUCUUACA